GAGCGCGCUUUACACACAGCUCGGCGCCUCGAGAGGCACGGCUACCCACGCGCAGAUAAACUGCCGGGUCGCGCGCCGGAAGGUUGUUUGAACUGAAAAGAAAGAAAAGUUUGAUCAUCAGUCACUCACCGACAUUUCAAGCUCAGUCGUGCGCGUUCACGUCCCAGAUUUGGAGAUGUCCGUGCCGUCUCCGCGCGCCUGUUGGCGGUGAGGAAAGUAUUUUGUCUCCUAGAAGGAAUUGAAAUAAAAGGACAACAUGUUUAGAUAAGCGGCCAUCCAUAUUCAAGCUCGGACAAUCAGCCCACCCUGAUUGGACUCUUUUCCUCUCCAACGAGUUGCUGCCCGCAGCCGCUGUGGGAGCCGUAGUCGCCAUGGAGACAGUGGUGAUCGUGGCCAUUGGGGUGUUGGCCACCAUUUUCCUGGCCUCCUUUGUCGCCCUGGUGGUGGUGUGCAGACACCGCUACUGCCACCCUCACCACCUGCUGCACCACUUCGACUCCAAACCCACGGUGGAUCUGAUUGGAGCCAUGGAGACCCAGAGUGAGCCAUCUGAGCUGGAACUGGAUGAUGUGGUCAUCACCAACCCUCACAUUGAGGCCAUCUUGGAGAACGAGGACUGGAUCGAGGAUGCCUCAGGAUUGGUCUCUCACUGCAUCUCAAUCCUAAAGAUCUGCCACACUUUGACUGAAAAGCUGGUUGCCAUGACAAUGGGGUCAGGGGCAAAGGUCAAAGCACCUGCCAGUCUGAGUGACAUCAUCACUGUGGCCAAACGCAUCAGUCCAAGGGUGGAUGACGUGGUCAGAUCUAUGUACCCUCCUCUGGAUCCAAUCCUCCUGGACGCCAGGGCCACCGCUCUCCUCCUUUCAGUCAGCCACCUGGUUCUGGUCACCCGCAACGCCUGUCACAUGUCGGGCAGCAUGGACUGGAUCGACCAGUCGCUCAACGCAGCUGAAGAUCAUAUGGUGGUUUUACGUGAGGCGGCGCUGGCCUCUGAACCGGAUCGAGGCAUGCAUGGAGCUGACGUACAGAGAGAACAGGCCAUCUAGACAUCUAAACACAGAUACAAACACAAAGGGCAUAAAAAACUAUCUAUUUUAUCAUUGGGCUUCCGUACUCAAUUAAUACUUACCAUGGCAUGUUUUGCCAGACAGUGCCUAAACUCAUCUACCAGUCCAAAUGAACGAGGACACUUCUAAAGGCUGUGGCAAUGGAUGCAGGGACUUGAGUACGUCUCUCAUUUUCCAAUUGAAAAGCCUUGAAAAUACUUUCUUUAUGAUAUUUGCACCAGACGUGUUUAUCAAUACUUUGCAUUCACUAAAGCUACAUAGUAAUAGCUGCAAAGUAGAUUCAACACAUUAAAAUAAGUUUUUUUUCUUUCUAUUUAACCCUGGUUGGUCUAAUUAAGCUGCCUGUGAGAAAAACGGCCUUUGGAAAUUUCUUCCUUGGGUGCGCCAUCACCCAGCGGUGGGCCUAAAUCCAAUCUCACUAGCACUGCACAGUCACAUGGAGGCUUAGUCAGCUAAUCCAUUCUGAGGAAAAUAACAUCCAGUUAGCCAGUGAACCCAAAGGGGCUCCAUUUAAGUGUACCAAUGGAACACCAACCUUACAAUUUGGGGGGUCAGCGUGACUUCCGGAUGUUCUAAAACAUCCCUCUGUGUCUUUUUUUACGCCAUUAGAUCACCAGUCUGCAAGUUGUAAACACAACAGCUGUAGUUUUAGCCCCAUCAGCAACAGAGAAAGAUUUUUUUCCAGUUGAAAUAAUGCCCCAAUGUCCCAUAGCUGCAUGGUACUAUAAUUAAUUGAGGCUGGUAUUGAUGGAGAACCAUUACUUUGGUCCACACUCGAACAUUUUAGCACCUACUCGAUGGAUGAGCAAAAAUAUUUGGACAGACAUUCACGGUUCCCAGAGGAUAAAUCCUAAUGGCUUUGACCUUUCAUCUAGUGCCACCAUCACGUCUACAUUUGGAAUGCCGUGAAAUUUGGCACAGCUUCUCAUGUUUCCCACAGGAUGAAGCAUAAUUACUCUGGUAAUAAAUAUUCAUAUAGCGCUGGUAAUUAAUCAAAUGCUUGCAUAAGUAAAGACAUUGUCAUCAGUCUGUA